AUGGGGUGUUGCCUAGUGGUCAUUAGGUACAUUUCGUAUGCCGUGGGCGGCGGAUACUUCAUUAUGGGCUCUACUUGCUGCGCGAGCAAUGCUAGGCAUUUUGCUGAUGGCGUGGCUCUUCCUUGUAUGAACAACAUGAUAGCAAGUUUAAAAGACGGUGAAGCUAAAAUGUUGAAGAAAGUGUAUAAACCUGAGGACUCAAUGCAAUCUCCAAUCCUCUUGUCAAAAGGCAGUAUAUUUGGUCCAUUUGUGAUUUUUGGACUAUCUGGAUUCCUGUGGGUUUUGGUUUGGUUAUCUGCAAUAUCAUGUGCUCCUGACCGAAGUUCCCAGAUUUCAGAGUAUGAAUUGGAGUACAUAUUAAACAAGGAGUGGAAAUCUUUUCCCAUGGAGAAUAAAUCUAAGACAAGAAGAAUAAUCCCUCCUUUCAUGCGCUUGCUCUCUAAGAUGCCAACUUGGUCCUUAAUUGUUGCCAACACCAUACAUAGCUGGUCUUUGCUUCCAGUAUCUAGAUUCAGCUCUACCGAGGACGAACACCAUCACCUUCUGAUAUAUCAUGCUGACCUCAAACAUGCACCAUGGUUUAGUGCUGUUCCAUGGAGGGUGAUGGGAUUCAUGGGAUACUUUGGUGGAAUAUUGAAUACUGCUGGAACAUUAACAGCCAUUGUGGGAACUGUUGGAGCUGGUUUCUUUGUUGAACUAGUGGGUUCUUUCCGUGGAAUCUUGAUGCUCACAUUGCUCUUAUAUUUUCUUGCUGCUCUUUUCUACAACAUCUUCUCCACUGGAGAAUGA